AUGAUUGCUGCAGAUAUUCCCUCCCUACCUGCAGGGGAAUCACCAGAUCUGAUCUUGGUCCCAGCCACAGCUGCAGAGCGCAUUGCCUCAAUUAGGCUGAACAGCGUCGCCUGGAAAGGACCGCUAGAUGUGGAAACAUACAUAGCACGCGAGGACCACCUCCUCCAGCAACGGCUGACGCGCGAUGGUCUAACCUGCUGGAUCCUGGUAGACCGCAACGAGCCUGAGGACGAGCGCGUAAUCCUUAGCUCGUGCGAGUCAUACCGGAAGACAGCGUUGCUCGCGCACGACGGACAGGUGGAGAAGGUCUCCACUUACGGCGUGGGGAGUGUCUACUGCCGGCCUGAUUUCCGCGGGAAGGGAUAUGCAAAGCGGAUGCUGGAAGAGCUGAGCACUAAACUCGAGACAUGGGAGAUGGAGAAAGAGCCACGGCGGAAGUCGUUGUUUACGGUACUUUUCUCAGAUAUCGGAAAGAAGUUCUACGCUCAAUUUGGGUGGCGGCCGUUCUCGUCUUCCCAUAUGUCUUUGCCGGCUACUACGGGCGGGCCGGAGAAUUCUGUGACGAGGGAUCUAUUUGCUAAGGAUGUCCAGAACUGUCUGUGCAGCGAGGCUGUACUUGAUAAGCUGCGCGAGCAGAUGCUUGUGGCGUCGCGGAAGACGAGUGGCGCUAAGAUUGCUAUUUUGCCUAACUUUGAUCACUUCGUCUGGCACUGGGCUCGAGAGGAGUUUUAUGCUGAGAACUUGAUUCCCGAGCGCUCCCCGCCUGUAGUCAAGGGCGCUGGUGAUGACAACGCUCGCGUGUACUGCGCUUGGAAUAGGAACUUUGGCGAGAAGCCAGAGGAUAAUGUUCUCUACAUACUUCGGUGGGUGUAUGAUGAACCCACGUCCCCGGCGGAGGAGAACACCACUGUCCAGGCCAUGGCUGCUAUCCUUCGGCGAGCACAACAAGAGGCGCACGAGUGGAACAUGAGCAAGGUUGAAUUCUGGAACCCUACUCCCCUUUUGCAGAAGGCCGUGGCCUUGGUGGACCCGGAGGCUGAGCUCGUGCACCGCGAAAAGGAGAGCAUCGCCAGCUUGCGGUGGACUGGCGAGGAGCAAGGGUUGGGGAAGGACGUGGAGUGGUGGUUGAAUGAGAAGUAUACCUGGUGUUGA